UGUGCUUUUCUAUUUUUAGCAUGUUUGUUAUGGCUAGAUUUGUAACGACCACGUUUUCAUAAUCUUGAUUGAAAUUUGAGAAGUAACAUGGCUGACAGCCAAACAAGAGUGCACUUUCGUGUUAUCAAAUAUAUCCAUGAAUCAGGUUUGCGACUUCACAUGAAAAGUGUUCCACUUGCCACAGCAUCAGUUUUGUAUCACAAAUUUUUCACAGAAAACAGCCUGCAAGACUUCGAUCCUUAUCUGAUUGCCAUGACUUGCAUCUACUUAGCAGGGAAAGUGGAAGAAGAACAUUUGAAACUGCGUGAUGUCAUCAACGUUUGUUAUAGAGUGUUACAUCGCACCAAGCCAUUGUUAGAGAUUGGGGAGAGUUUCUGGGCACUACGUGAGACAGUUGCCAACUGUGAACUGUUCAUACUAAGAAUGUUGAGAUUUAAAAUCAGCUUCGUCCACCCACACAAGUAUCUGCUGCACUACCUGAAGUACCUCCAGGACUGGUUCGCACCCUACAAGUGGCAGGCUCUGCCCAUCGCUCGCACCGCCUGGUCCUACCUGCGCGACAGUUACCACGGCAACCUGUGUCUGCAGUACAAGCCACAGCACAUGGCGGUGGCCGUGUUGUACUUCUCGCUGCUGUCACUCGGGGUCGACGUCCCACACCACCAUGAGUGUGACACCAAGUGGUGGAAGGUGUUUGCUGAAGACAUCUCCCUCAGUGUGAUAAAGGACAUCAUCUCAGACAUUGUGAGCGUGUAUGAGCUGGAGGACAUCGUAGACUCAUGACACUCACCAUAGCAAUGACAGUACCAUCGUAGGACAUACUCACCGGUAUAGCUUACCACCGCAUUGCACCAUGGACAACACAAUGUGGGACAUACACACUGGUGUAUCUUAUACUUCAUUAGGGUUCUA